GCAUAUAACUAUCUGCAUGCCUGCACGCAGUGUGUAUUGAAAACGCACGACCACGAUCUAAUGAAUAUUCAUCGGCGAGAGUGACGUCAUUUUACGAGUCUCCUUUCAAACUUGGAUCAUAAGUGCCUACCGCUUCGAAUUCGCGACAUCGACACUAGUAUUAUCUAUAGUAUUAGUAGUAUAGGUAGAUCGCCAAGAAAGGUCGCUUUCACUUUAAUUUACCUUCUGCAAAUAUGGGAGGGAGUAGUAGUACUAGUAGCCCUGGGAGAAGAAUUAGUUUAGAACAAGAUGCUGACGGAGGAGUAGUUAAAGUCUCAGAAGAUGUACUGAGGCGCAUGUUUGGAGAAGAGGAUUCGACCAAAUCAACAGGUGAUUCAAGAAGUUCAGAUCCCCUACCCAGGCGGUCAGAGGCAAGAUGGAAAGCUCGUAUGGAUGAACUAGAAGAUCACUACAGAGAAAAGCUUAGGAAUGCAGAAGAAAAGAGUGCUGCCUUUUACAAGUUAACUGCUGAGCAGUUUCAGAAAGCUGCAGAUGAAGUUGAAGCAAAGUUUAUGAAGCAACGGUUUGUUCCCAUUUGUGAAAAUCUUCAAAAUGAUGUCUUGAAAUGUUAUGCCAAAAACCCAAACCAGACACUAAACUGUGCCCAAGAAGUCAAGGCAUUCAACACAUGCAUAGAACAGGCAAGAAUGAAUAUUUUACUGAAGAGAGGUGUGGGUGCUGCAUCAUAACAGAUGAUAUGAAGAUAGCCGGAAAGGAAUAUGUUUGCAUAUUAUAUCUUUAAAUUGUACCUUGUAAAUAUUGUGGUAGAAAUGUGAAAGAGACCAACACUAAAACCAUGGUCUCCUCAUUUGAGAGUGCAUUGUAGUAGAGUCACCCAUAGCAUUCUAUCAGUCAGAUCGUCAUGUCAUCAAAGUUGUCUCGAUACCCAUUCUUAAAAUUUCUCACAAUUAUUGAAUUCUAGGAUGUUGUUUUCAUACUGCAAUCAGAUAUUCUAUAAAUUCAUGCAAAAUAUGGAGAUUUUGCAAGAUAAAGGUCCUUCAUGGAAUGAAAUUGUAUCGUAUUCAGAAUCAGAGAAUAGCAUGUUUUUUAGUCGUAAUGCAUUAUUGAGUUAAUAUGAUAAAUUCCUACCAAGAAAUAUUCAGUCAUUCAAGACAAAGGUGUUUUGACAAAGUAGUAUGAACAUGGCUUUUCAAUGACUUCACAUGUACAAUACCGCAAUCUUACAGAAAUAUUGCUAAUGCACUUCAGUGAACUUUGCAAAUCCCUUUUUCAUGUACGCUUCAAAGUUGCAAAAUUUUGCAGUAUAUUGACUGAGAUGCACAUGAACGGAGGCAGCCAGAAUGUUGUAAUCUACACAGCUACUUUUUGUCUACUCUGCAGAGGAAAUGAUUGUGUAACUAUAAAAUGAUCACACAUAUAAGUGAGCCUCUAAUGUGGUUUUGCAGAUGCAUUUUAUGAGCCCUUCUCAUCACAAUGUUACUGUAAUACCGGGUAUUGUAUUUUCUAGAGGGACCUAGUUGCAAAUUGCCACAAAAUAAGCUUAGGAUUUGUAUUCUUACUAAAUUGAAUAAAAAAUAUGACUUCCCAAUGCUGUAUGUACUUCAUACUUGUUACAUACAAGUACAUGCAUAUAUUUAGGGCUUCACUGCUUGUCCAGUCAUUACCAAGAGUGGAAUCACAUUCUAUGGAUAGGUGUAGUGUAAGACAUGCAGAGGAUCUUGUACUGAAUGGCUUCACAUAUCCUGUUACUUAGAAUAUGGUCUCUGAGCAAUCUCAAUCAGAUAAGUAGAAAGUAGAAAUAUGAUCAGAAAAUAAAAAUUUUAAUAUUAAUAUUGAAUCAUAA